AUGGCAAGCUCUGAUACUUCAAAUUCCCUCGAGACGGCGGGCAAAAAAGCGAAGACAGGCAAGGGCAGCCAGUCGAAGAGUUCAAAAGCAGUCAAAAAGGAGGGGCACAGGGAUGCCAAGGACCCAGAGAAAACAGCAAAGAAAAAGAAGCAUACUGACAGGCCAAAGGAGAAGAAGACAGAGAAGGUGGCAAAGGUUGAAAAGGUAGAGAAACCAGAGAAGGCAAAGAAGGCCAAGGUGAUUGAAGAGACAGUUGGGGGUCUGCCAACUCCCCCUCAGAGCCCUGGUGAUGCAUCUUCGAAGGAGGCGAUGGCUUUGAAGGAGACAGAGACAGCGUCCAUGCCAGAGGUACCGGCGAAGGAUGUGGUGACAUAG